AUGGACAAACGAUUUUACGCCAUUAUUGUGGGCAUUGGCCCAGGAAUCGGUUCUGCCCUGGCGUUUCAGUUCGCCAAAUUCUACCCUAUAGUUCUCAUCAGCCGCAACUCUUCGAGUUACGAGUCCAUUGUGACUGACAUUAAAGCUAAUGGCGGCCACGCCAUGGGCAUCACUGCCGAUGCCUCCGAUCCUAAUUCUAUGGAUGCUGCUUUUGGGCGUAUAGAAAGAGAUAUGCAUGGUGCGAACCUUGCUUUGGCGGCGUAUAAUGCGAGAGGCCCAUUUGCUCGUAAGCCUUUUCUCGAAUUCAAAGUCGAAGAUCUUCAAGCAAACAUAGCGGCCGAAGCAGGUGGGCUUUUUAAUUUCGCUCAAAGGGCCAUUCCGCUGCUUCUUACUUCCGUCCAGUCAUCUCCUAACCCUCCUUCACUCCUCGUAACUGGUGCGACCGCUUCGCUCCGGGGAUCGGCCUUUUUCAGCACAGUCGCAGCCGGCAAGUUCGCUCAGCGAGCUGUGACUCAGUCCCUUGCUCGAGAAUUCGGCCCCCAGGGAGUCCACGUUGCAUUGGCAGUCAUCGAUGGUGGUAUUGACGUGCCUUGGGCUAAGCAUAUCGUCAUCAACGGCGGGGUAGAAGACGGGAAGCUGAAACCUGAUGCGAUUGCCAGCAGUCUCUGGCAUUUACAUACGCAACACAGAUCUUCGUGGACUUUGGAGCUAGAUUUGCGUCCUUACGUAGAAAAGUUCUAA